UGGCGGCCACCAGUGAUACCGGGCGUCAGGCUAUGAGGACUGUGUGUCUUAUGCUGCUCCUACUGAAGCUUCAGUAUGUACACGCGGCGUCCAAGGGUGUCACAGCCAGUCUUCAGGCCAAAUGGUCGAUGACCCCGCAUCUUCUGGAGACCAGUGAGUUCAUUGCAGAAGAUGGUGAUGAAAAAUUUUGGCAGUUUGUUGAAACUGUCAAAGAACUGACAGUGUACAAAAAUGGAGAGUCUGUGCGGUCCUAUUAUAACCUGAUCAUUAAGAAGGCCGGUCAGUUUUUGACUGAUCUCCAGGUUAGCCUCCUCAGACUAGCGCUGUCGCUCAGAGCCUACUCCCCUGCCGUUCACGCGUUUCAACAGAUCGCGAGCGAUGAGCCGCCACCGGAAAACUGCUCUGCUUUUGCCUCCGUCCACGGCCAACAAACCUGCAGCACCAAGGAGAUGAAGAAGCUCCUGAAGACAGCUACAGGCAGGCCAAAGCCAUAUCUGUAUAAGAUUGAUCACAAGUUCCCUGGGGCCAAUAUGACGGCUCUCCCUGUGGUUAUUCUAUAUGCUGAAAUUGGCACCAAAAAGUUCAGCUCCUUCCAUAAGGUGUUGUCAGAGAGGGCUGCAGAGGGCAAGCUGGUCUAUGUACUGAGACACUAUGUGGCAGAGCCAAAGAGGAGAAGGAUGCUGUUGUCUGGCUAUGGUGUUGAACUGGCUAUUAAAAGCACUGAGUACACCGCUGUGGAUGACACAGAAGUGAAAGAUUCAAAUUCAACAGUGGCCGGUGAGGAUGACGAAGAUGAAGAUGUCCAAGGCUUUUUCUUUGGAACCUUGAAGAAAUCUCACCCAGAGCUGCAGCAGCAGUUGGCUGAGCUGAAGAAGCACCUGCUGGAGAGCACAAACGACAUGGCUCCCCUCAAAGUGUGGGAACUGCAAGACCUUAGUUUCCAGGCUGCAGCCAGGAUCAUGUCUGUACCAAAGUUUGACUCCCUCAAGUUGUUACGAGAUUUGAGCCAAAACUUCCCGAGUAAAGCCAGAUCACUGACAAAAGUGGCCGUAAACCAAGAAAUGAGAAAAGAGAUUGAGGAAAACCAAAAGCGUCUGAGUGACUCAAUGGGACUCCACCCUGGAGACGCCAACCUCUUCAUUAAUGGCCUUCACAUUGACCUGGAUGUACACGACCCCUUCAGUAUUCUGGAGGUGAUCCGUAGCGAGGCAAAGGUCCUGGAAGGCCUGCAUAAUCUGGGCGUCACCGGGGACAGCCAGGCUAAAAUGCUGCGACUGCCCGUUCAUCCCGUGGAUGACAGCUACGCCCUGGACAUUCGACAUUCUGCCAUAGUGUGGGUGAAUGACAUUGAGAGAGACUCCAUGUAUCAGAACUGGCCCUCCGGCCUGCAGGAGCUCCUCAGAGCCACCUUCCCCGGAGUGAUUCGGCAAAUCCGGAGGAACCUCUUCAAUCUGGUGCUGUUUGUUGAUCCAACAAGUGAAGAAGCCAUAGAGCUGGUGAAGCUAGCCGAGCUGUUUUACAAACAUAAGGUCCCUCUGAGGAUUGGCUUUGUGUUUGUGGUUAAUACGGAUGAAAAAGUGGACGGAUUUUUGGAUGCUGGCGUUGCUUUCUUCAGGGUGUUUAACUACAUUGCGGAAGAGUAUGACGUAGCCCAAGCUUUCCUUUCAAUGGUGUCUAUGUAUAACAAAGUGGAUAUUGGAGACACGUUGACUGUGGAUACAGUGACAGCAUAUCUGAAGAGGAAAUUUCCCAAAGCUAGCACUGCCGGAAUUCUUGGAGUGGACUCCAGCUACGAUGACAAACGGAAGGCUGGGGGAGUGUUCUACCGUAAGAGCGGCCUGGGGCCCCUCCCGUUAGCUCUCUUUAACGGCGUUCCCCUCAGUAGAGAGGAGAUGGAUCCAGAAGAACUGGAGACCAUCCUUCUCCAGAGGAUCAUGGAUGCUACAAACUUCUUUCAGAGAGCCGUCUUUAUGGGCGAGAUUUCCGAGCAUGCGGAUGUACUGGACUUCCUAAUGGACCAGUCCAACGUGGUUCCACGCAUUAACCCCACAAUACUUAACACCGAGAGGAGAUAUCUCGACUUCACUUCCACCCCAGUCGUGGACGAUUGGCAAGACGCAACCGUGUUUUCGUAUUUGGACAACAGGGACAAGACGGCAGUCGUUUCUAAGAAAAUGAAGUAUCUGACCAAGAACGAUGAGGAGGUGGUUUAUGCCGUGACCGUUUGGGUUGUUGCUGAUGGUGAGGAGGCAGCUGGGAGGGAACUGCUGUUGAACGCGGUGAAACAUAUGAGAUCCAGCUCCAGCAGUCGUGUUGGGGUAAUCUGUAAUCCUCGUGGAAAACCUACAGAGGAGAACACAGUCCUGUGCAGGGCUAUCUGGGCCUCUCUCCUCACCCAGAGGAGCAAACACGCGUUUGACUUUGUCCAGAAGAUACUCAAAGAGGAGAACGUGCAGCUCCUCAAACAGGGAACCAAGAUGAAGGACCUGACCAUAAAGGGCAUGGAUCAAGAUGCCUUUGAGAAGAAGUUCAACACUCUGGAGGUGGAUUUUCUGCGUAGCCAACAGAAGUUCUGUCAGGAGGUUCUGAAGCUGGCACCAGGACAGAGGGCGGUCGUCAGCAACGGCAGGGUCCUCGGACCCUUUAAGGAGGAGGAGGUCUUCAAUGUGGAGGAUUUCCAUUUGCUGGAGAAAAUUACGCUGCGUACCUCAGCUGAGAAAAUCAAAGCCAAAGUCACCCUGAAAGGAAAAAAGUACCUAGAAGUGGCCAGUGAUCUGAUCAUGAAAGUGGACGCUCUCCUCAUGGCUGCUCCCAAAGGGGAGGCCAGGAAAGACUUCAGGUUUCCAAAGGACAAACACAGUGUUCUCCAGCUUUCCCCACAAGAGGACAAAGUUUUCUACGACGUGGUUGCCAUGGUGGACCCUCUGUCGAGAGAAGCCCAGAAGAUGUCUUCCUUACUGAUUGUGCUCGGUCAGGUGGUCAACAUGAAACUGCAGGUCUUCAUGAACUGCAGGGCCAAGCUGUCAGAGAUGCCCCUGAAGAGUUUUUACCGCUUUGUGCUGGAGCCAGAUGUCUCCUUCCUGGGCAAUGAUUCGCUGUCUCCUGGACCAAUGGCUCGCUUCACAGACAUCCCAGAAUCCCCUCUGCUAACACUCAACAUGAUCACGCCAGAGAGCUGGAUGGUGGAGUCUGUCCGGAGUCCCUACGACUUAGAUAACAUCCACCUAAAAGAGGUGAACGGUGUGGUGAAGGCAGAGUAUGAACUGGAGUACCUGUUGUUGGAAGGACACUGUUUUGACCUGUCGACCAGUCAGCCUCCGCGCGGGCUCCAGUUUACACUGGGAAUGAGUCAAAACCCCCUGAUGCAGGACACUAUCGUCAUGGCCAACCUGGGAUAUUUCCAGCUGAAGGCCAACCCAGGAGCCUGGAUCCUCCGGCUACGUGAUGGACGAUCGGAGGAGAUUUAUCAGAUACAAGCACACGACGGGACGGACUCUCCAGCUGACGCCAAAGACGUGAUUGUAGUUCUGAACAGCUUUCACAGCAAGAUCAUCAAAGUCCGAGUACAGAAAAGACCAGAGAAACUGAAUGAAGACCUUCUCAGUGAAGCCACUGAAAGCAAAGGAUUGUGGGAUUCCAUAACCAGUAUCACAGGAAGUUCGAGUGUGGAAGACGGGGAGAAGAAGGAGGAUGUGCUGAAUAUCUUCUCUGUCGCCUCUGGACACUUGUAUGAGCGUUUCCUCAGAAUAAUGAUGCUCUCUGUGCUCCAACACACAAAGACUCCAGUAAAGUUUUGGUUCCUCAAGAACUACCUCUCUCCCUCCUUCAAGGAGACCAUUCCUCGUAUGGCCGAGGCGUAUGGUUUCCAGUAUGAACUGGUCCAGUAUAAAUGGCCACGCUGGCUCCAUCAGCAGACCGAGAAGCAACGCAUCAUCUGGGGCUAUAAGAUCCUCUUCCUGGACGUGCUCUUUCCCUUGGCUGUCGACAAGAUCAUCUUCGUUGAUGCUGAUCAGAUUGUUCGGGCAGAUUUGAAGGAGCUGAGGGACUUGGACCUGCAGGGCGCCCCCUACGGGUACACGCCGUUCUGCGACAGUCGGAAAGAGAUGGAGGGAUACCGCUUCUGGAAAACAGGCUACUGGGCCUCCCAUCUCGGCCACAGGAAGUAUCAUAUCAGUGCGUUGUAUGUGGUGGAUCUGAAGCGGUUUAGGAAGAUAGCGGCUGGAGACAGACUGCGGGGGCAGUACCAAGCUUUGAGCCAAGACCCCAACAGUCUCUCCAAUCUGGACCAGGACCUCCCCAACAACAUGAUCCACCAGGUGGCGAUAAAAUCCCUGCCCCAGGACUGGCUGUGGUGUGAAACGUGGUGUGAUGAUACCUCCAAAGCCACCGCCAAGACCAUCGACCUGUGUAAUAACCCUAAGACCAAGGAGCCUAAGCUGAAGGCGGCAGUGAGGAUUGUGUCUGAGUGGUCCAGGUAUGACAGUGAGGUGAAACAGUUCCUCAGACGCGUUCAGGAGAAUCAGACGAAAACACCGCAUUCAAGCCCAUCCACUGCCCCACCACAGCCUACAGGCCAACAUUUAGACAGUCAGCAUGAUGAACUUUAGCCCGAGCUGGAGUGCAUGACACAGAGGAGAGAAGAGAGUGAUAUCUGUGCUUUAUCCUCCUGUGUGAGGUGUGCUGCCUUGGGCUGUACAGGGAUGAACAUUGGCUACAGAUUACUACAGAGGAAAAGACACUACAUCUCAACCGUCUCAGAUGAAGACUGUGACUGAGAGA